UCUAAAGGGAAAAUGGCAGUGCGCGUGUCGUGCGGGAGAGACCUUCAUUAUUGUCCAGAUAUCAACACAUCUGUCGAGAGUGCGACAAAAGAUGGCUUUGAUUUUGUGUGCAUCCCAAUGGUCCAUCCACGCUAUAAGAGAGAGUUUAUAGAAGGAGGUGCCAAAUCACGACAAGGGCCCCUCACAAGAUCUGACCUCCUGUUGACCUCCACUGAUUGGGGCAGUUUGAUUGUAGGAAAGAUCUCCCCAUGGAUAGAUUUGGACUCAGAGGUAGAAAGUACUAGAAAGAACUCAGAGAAGGCUUUCCAAGAAGAGCUGGCCUUUGCUGCACAUUUGACAUUACCAGCAGUGCUGAUGAAGCUAAAACAUGGGAAAUGUGUCAAUGCUGCUAGAUUUUUAAAUGAACAUGUAACACAAGGACCGAACCAGCAGUUCUGGGUCCAGGUGCCAAUGAGAUCUCCAGCAGAGGUCGCCUCUGCAGUCUUCCAGUCACAGCAGACAGAUGAAGAAACCACGAGUUGGGAGGACGAUACUUGGAAAUGGUGGGACCUAUUCCGCACCAUAUGUGACACUUCGAAAAAAAUUGGACUGGCACUCGAACUAUCGGCUGACCUUCCUGACGAGGCUGUGUUAAGGCGCUGGUGUGGGGAGAACAUUAAGGCGGCCAUCUUACCCACCAGUAUAUUUCUGACUAAUAAGAAGGGCUUUCCUGUGCUUUCUAAGGGACAUCAAAAUUUUGUGAAAAAAUUGUUUGACUUAGAUGUUCAACUAAUAAUAAGUGGUGUUGUCCGCCACCCAGAGAAAGGCAUCAGGCCAUACUACCAGUACAUGGAACAUAUCUUUGCAUCAAGAGACCCUCCUGAUACUGUCAGUGCAUUUGCUAAGGGAUAUGAAGACUUUCUACAGUGCCCUCUACAGCCUCUAAUGGACAAUCUGGAAUCCCAGACGUACGAGACGUUUGAGAAGGAUCCUGUAAAAUACUCCCAAUACCAAAAGGCAAUUUAUUACGCUCUUCUUGACAGGGUUUUACCAGAGGAAAAAGAUUCAAAAGUCACCAUAUUAAUGGUUGUGGGCGCAGGCAGGGGUCCUCUCGUGAGAGCAGCCAUUACGGCAGCCAAGAAUGCAGACAGGCAGCUCAGGAUAUACGCAGUGGAGAAAAACCCAAAUGCAGUUGUCACUCUUGAGAACCUGAAAGCAGAGAUGUGGGGUAACCAGGUGACGGUAGUAUCAUGUGACAUGCGAGAGUGGGAGGCACCAGAGAAGGCCGACAUUUUAGUCAGUGAACUCCUCGGGUCUUUUAGUGACAAUGAGCUCUCCCCUGAGUGUUUAGAUGGUGCUCAAAGAUUUCUCAAAGAGGAUGGAAUUAGCAUUCCAUGUGAGUACACGUCCUAUUUGAAUCCUCUCCAGUCUGCCAAGCUGUAUAAUGAGGUCAGACAGUGCAGGGAAAAAGAUAAACAUCCUGAGGCUCCAUUUGAAACACCAUAUGUUGUCAGGCUGCACAAUGUCUUUAAUAUAGCCGACUGCCAGUCUUUAUUUACAUUUGUUCAUCCAAACAGAGGUUUGAUAGACAAUACACGGUAUAAAAGUCUCCAAUUCUCUGUCACUCAGGACUGCGUUCUCCAUGGAUUUGGAGGAUAUUUUGACACUAGAUUAUAUGGCGACGUGACAUUAAGUAUAACUCCAGAGACCCAUUCCCCUGGAAUGUUUAGUUGGUUUCCAAUCUUCUUUCCAAUAAAAAACCCCAUACACCUGGUGCCAGGGGACGUAUUAGAGGUCCACUUCUGGCGGCGAGUUACUCAGAAGAAUGUGUGGUACGAGUGGUGCGUGACCAAACCUCACCCUCAGCCUGUACACAACACCAAGGGAAGGUCCUAUUUUAUUGGACUCUGAGCUUAAGGGACCAUUCCCAGAACCUAUCAUACUAGCUGUGGAUCGAUCUAUCUCCGAGGGGAUUCUUGCAAAAUUGCAAUCAUCUUAAGUGGCUUAGGUGUCUGUCAUGCCUACUGAAGCUGAUAGGGGGUAAUUAAUCCUUAGAGAUGGAUUGAUCCUGUUAGAGCGAACUAGGUAUGGCAACCCAGUCUAAGUUUCAUUGUGAGAUCUACUGACGGGUGGGUCACAAGUCCAUGAGACGAUUGUGACCGCCUGCUAUUGACAGGCCUUAUAAUAAACGAAUUAGGCGUUUACUAAGAGACCAUUCCCAGUGAUAUCGUACUAACUUUGGAUC